UUUCAACCUAACCUUAAUCGGUAUAUUUAAUUUAUAUUGUUUAUUUGUGAUUAUUCACUAUUCAGGAAUGAGGCUAGCCCUAUAUUGAUUAUUUCUUAAAAGAAUAGGUGUCGAAAAAUUGUGAUUUCAAUAUUAUUAGAGUACAUAUAAUCUUCUUAUAUUCUUGAACAAUUUGCAAAGGAAUUAUGGAUUCAUUUCAAACGAAAAAACCAAAGAAUGAAGAUUUAGAAGUUACUGGUGUAUCUAGAAGUGGUCGCGUCAGAAAAAAAUCUUCAAAAUUAAUGGAUUUUGAGUCACCUGAUGAUAUUGAAAGGACAUAUAAUAAGAAGACGCCUAUUUCUUCUAGGAAAUCUGAUUACUUGGAUACACAAAUUGUAAGAAAAACACAUAAAUCCGAAGAGCAGUCUAGAGAUGAUUUCGAUAUGGAUGAAAGUAGUGGAAGUGAAUAUGAGCAACCUCCUCUACAAAAUGAAUCGAGUAUGGAAUCUGCGGAUUCCGAUAGCGAAAUGGAAGAUGUUUCUGGGGGUUUCAGGAGACUAGAUCCUGAUAUUACAAAAAAACGAUUGGUUAUUAAGGAUGGGAAGAUAUUCAAAAGUGAUAAAACUAAGGUACAUGGUGAUAAAUUUAAAACCAUCCUAUCUGACAAAAUAAAAACAAAACAAAUAGUCAAAAAAGUUGGGACUAGUAAAACGUCACUUACUACAUUUCCUUAUCAAUUUGGAGCAGGUGUCAAUUCCUAUGAAAAUAUUAAUGUUUCACCAUCAGAUCCUAGAGGCAAGGAUAGUUAUUUCAAAGUCAGUGGAAUCAAACCGAUAGAUGUAGCUGCGCAUCUCAAGCUACUCGGAGAAAGUCUAACAAUAAUUGGGGAACGAUUGAAAGAACAUGAGGGGCAAAUUGCAGUUUCUGGAAGUUUGUCUGUACUUUUAGAUUCAUGUCUUUGUGCACUUGGACCUCUUAUAUGCUUAACUCAACAAAUUCCUGAACUUCAAGAAAACUGUUGCUCACCUGAACAAUUGGCCACAACUUUAGACAAUGUAGCUUUCAUUAUGCCUGGGUUAUGAGUACAUCAUUUUACGCUAACUGAAGUAGUUUCAAACGUUUGCGACCUAAUUUUAAUUUCCACCAUGUCGUUAUAAGUACCCAUUUCUAGUAUUUUAUAAAUCAAAAUCGAAAAAAAAAAUGGUAAAAUGUUCAUUGUAUUUAAUAAAAUUUCAUAAGUA